AUGUUGGCACAGAGACUUUUAAAACCAAACCUUCUCAAGACUGUGAGUAAGAGUCAAAUAAGACUUGCUUCCACUGCCAUUUCUCAGGCCUCGAUAUCCGGCUUGGACAAGAGGUGGGAGAACCUUCCAGAGCCAGAAAAGAAGACUGUUAUUGACGCUUUGUCUGAGAGACAGAAACUCCCAUGGGAUCAACUCACGGCUCAGGAAAAGAAGGCUGCUUAUUACAUAUCAUUUGGUGAGUGGGGCCCAAGAAGACCACUUUACAAUGCUGCUGAAAAGAGAACCAUCUUUUGGGGAACAGUUGCUGGUCUUGGUAUCUGCACAGCACUUUUUCUAGGAAUCAGACACUUCAGAAAUGUUCCAAAGACGAUGCACAAGGACUGGCAGGAGAAGUCUGAUGAAUACUUGAAGUCCAAACACGCCAAUCCAUUCAGCCAUUACUCCCAGGUUCAGUCCAAGUAA